AUGUUCGGUUCCAAGAGGUUUUACUUCCCGACACGAUGGCGGAAUCAUAAUCUCCUGUACAUACUGAUGGGCGUCGAACUGCCGCUGGUGGUCAUCAUCCUAACAUUGACCGGUAUCGCGAAUCAUGACCUCUACCGCACGAAGCUCUGGCAGGAUGGCGCCGACAAUGGCUUCAACAGUGCCCCCAAUGAGGCUCUCUACGCUGCGGCUAACCACCGCCCGUUCACGACCCCGAUGGUUUGGAGCUCACUUAUCACCAAGUACAACCUCGUCCUCGGUAUCCUGGCUGUUUUCAUGUGGAUCACCAAGAUUCCACUUCACAUCCUUCACAUGCUCUACCCGCCCGUGUGCGCCUUUGUUCACGCUGGCUUGGUCGCGGUUUGGAUUUACUCUGUACGGUAUCAAGCCGGCCCUGACAUGUCGGACCCAGACCACCCUCAGCCAGGCGCACCAUGGUAUAUCACCAAGAAAUGCUCCGUGGCCUACGUGAAGUCAAAUGUGCAUUACUGCCAGCAAGCAAAAGCACUAUUUGCGUUCUCCAUCAUCAUCAUUCUCUUCUACUUUGGCAUCGCCUGCCUCAGCCUACGCAACUGCAUCAUCACCGAGGAAGAGCGCAUGGAGAUCGACGAGCGCCGGGAAGAUGAGCGGGCCAUGAAGGAAUUCGAGGACUUUGUGCUCAAGUCGCCGGGCAUCCCCAUGACCACGAUGCAGCCCCUGGGCAUGCCUCCCAAGUCCCCCAUGCACCACGUCACCGCGGCGCCGAGCGACGGCGGUUCGAGUUCGGACCUACCCCUGCGCCAACACUUCAGCACCCCGAACCCACGGCGCUCGAUGCAACAAGACUCGACGGAGACGCUGUCGGGCCAUCAGCCCCAGCCGCAACCCUACUUCCCACCGCCACCGAAGAAGGCCGCCAAGAAUUGA